GUAAGAUGUGCACCCUUCUCUCUUUGGGCAGAGAAAGUUUCUGACGGCUCACUUAGCGAGUUAAAAGACAUGGCAGCCUCUGAACUCUACUCCAAGUAUGCCCGUGUAUGGCUCCCAGAUGCAGAAGAAGUGUGGAAGUCAGCAGAGCUUAUCAAAGAUUACACUCCUGGUGACCUGACGCUCUCUCUGCAGCUAGAGGAUGGCACGGAGGUGGAAUAUAAAGUAGACCCGACAACAGACAAGCUGCCACCACUAAGAAACCCCAACAUCCUGGUGGGGGAAAAUGAUCUCACAUCUCUCAGCUACCUCCACGAGCCAGCAGUGCUGCACAACCUUAAAGUGCGCUUUAUCGACUCCAAGUUGAUAUACACAUACUGUGGAAUUGUCCUGGUUGCCAUCAAUCCCUAUGAGGCCCUGCCUAUCUAUGAAGCUGACAUCAUCAAUGCCUACAGUGGGCAGAACAUGGGGGACAUGGACCCCCAUAUAUUUGCAGUGGCAGAGGAAGCAUAUAAACACAUGGCCAGGGAUGAAAAAAACCAAUCCAUCAUAGUGAGUGGUGAGUCUGGGGCUGGCAAAACCGUCUCUGCUAAGUACGCCAUGCGUUACUUUGCCACAGUAAGCUGCUCUUCUGGUGAGGCCAAUGUUGAGGAGCGAGUCCUUGCCUCCAGCCCCAUCAUGGAGGCCCUUGGGAAUGCCAAGACAACAAGGAAUGACAACAGCAGUCGCUUUGGGAAGUACAUUGAGAUUGGGUUUGACAAGAAGCAUGGUAUAAUUGGGGCUAACAUGAAAACCUACUUACUGGAAAAGUCGAGAGUUGUGUUUCAGGCCCAUGGAGAAAGAAACUACCAUAUAUUCUAUCAGCUGUGUGCCUCUUCACAUUUGCCAGAGUUCAAACCCUUCAAGUUAGGUUGCGCAGAUGACUUCCACUGUACUAACCAGGGUCAGAGCCCAGUCAUAGAUGGAGUGGAUGAUGCCAAAGAGAUGAGCAACACCAGGAGGGCUUUCUCACUUUUAGGAACCGGUGACAGUGAUCAAAUGGAAAUUUACCAAAUUCUGGCAGCCAUUCUCCACCUUAGCAAUGUGGAGGUGAAAGAUCAGUCAGCAGACAGAUGCAGCAUCUUGCCAGAUAAUGUCCAUCUGAUGGUGUUUUGUGAACUGAUGGGGGUGUCGUGUGAAGAAAUGGCCCACUGGUUAUGCCACAGGAAACUCCAAACAACCACAGAAACCUAUGUAAAGUCCGUCUCCAAAAUGAAUGCGGUCAAUGGCCGAGAUGCUCUUGCUAAACACAUCUAUUCCAGACUUUUUAAAUGGAUUGUGGACAGUGUUAACAAUGCCUUAAAAUCUGCAAAGAAACAACACUCAUUCAUUGGAGUGCUGGACAUUUACGGGUUUGAAACAUUUGAUGUCAACAGCUUUGAACAGUUUUGCAUCAAUUAUGCCAAUGAGAAGCUUCAACAACAGUUCAACCUGCAUGUCUUCAAACUGGAACAAGAAGAGUACAUGAAAGAGGCUAUCCCAUGGACAUUGAUAGACUUCUAUGACAACCAGCCAUGCAUUAAUCUCAUUGAGGCCAAGCUGGGUGUCUUAGACCUUCUGGAUGAGGAAUGCAGGAUGCCCAAAGGCUCGGAUGACACAUGGGCCCAGAAACUGUACAACACCCUCCUGAAGCAGAAUGCUCACUUUGAUAAACCCAGGUUAUCAAAUAGAGCUUUCAUCAUCCACCACUUUGCAGACAAGGUGGAGUACCAGUGUGAGGGCUUCCUGGAGAAAAACAAGGACACAGUCAAUGAGGAGCAGAUAAAUGUACUGAAAAAGAGCAAGUUUGAUUUGCUGCUGAAGCUGUUUGAGGAUGAUGAGAAGGCAACAAGUUCUACUAAGAAACUUACUGGCAUCAGUGGAAGGGCCGGUCAGAGUCAGAGGGAUAAUAAGAAGACUGUUGGACUGCAGUUUCGACAGUCUCUACAUUUGCUGAUGGACACAUUAAACGCUACGACUCCUCACUACGUACGCUGCAUCAAGCCAAAUGACCAUAAAUCCGCAUUCACCUUGGACCCUGUGAGGGCAGUGCAGCAGCUUCGGGCAUGUGGGGUCCUCGAGACAAUCCGGAUCUCAGCAGCAGGCUUCCCGUCUAGAUGGACCUAUCAAGAAUUCUUUAGUCGUUAUCGGGUCCUCAUGAAGCAAAGGGAUAUUCUUUCUGAUAGAAAACAGACGUGCAAAAAUCUCCUGGAAAAACUUAUACAGGACCAAGAUAAGUAUCAGUUUGGCAAAAACAAGAUCUUCUUCAGGGCUGGUCAGGUGGCUUACCUGGAGAAGCUGCGCUCUGACAAGCUGCGUAUGGCUUGUGUCCGCAUCCAGAAGACAAUCCGCUGCUGGUUGGCCCGCAAAAAGUACCUGCGGAUGAAGGAAUCUGCCAUCACCAUUCAGAGACAUGUACGGGGCCACCAGGCACGCUGUUAUGUUCAGUUUCUGCGAAGAACCAGAGCAGCUGUUGUCAUUCAGCGGAAUGUGCGUAUGUGGACGAAUAGGAGAUGCUACCAACAGCAGCGCUCUGCAGCUAUCACCAUCCAGUGCCUCUUGAGGGCCUACAUGGCUAGAAAGCAGUAUUAUAAGUUGAUGUUUGAGCAAAAGGCUGUGGUCAUACAGAAGUGGGUGAGAGGCUGGCUGACCCGACAACAUUACCGACGCACCAUAGCAGCUAUGGUCCUGCUGCAGAGCUGUGUACGUCGCAUGAGGGCCAAGAAGGAAUUAAAGAAGCUGAAAGUGGAGGCGCGCUCUGUGGAUCACUUCAAGAAGCUCAACAUUGGCAUGGAGAACAAGAUUGUGCAGUUGCAGCACAAGAUAAAUGAGCAGCAAAAAGAAAACAGAGGGCUCAGUGAGAAGCUGAGUGCUGUGGAGAAGACCCAGACUAUGGAAAGAGAGAGACAAAGUAGAGAGAUUGAAAACCUACGUAGAUCUGAGCAGGAGGCCAGAGCCAAGGCAGAGACACUUCCCUCCCUACUGGAGCAGCUCUCCUUCCUUCAGCACGAGUUGGAAAAUACCCGCAGAGUGAAAGAUGACCUGGAAGAGCAGACAAAGAUCUACAAGGAGCAAACACAACAGGUGGUAGAAGAGCUUAAUACGAAGAACAGCUUGUUGAACAGCGAGAAAGAUGAACUGAACAUACUAAUCCUUGAACAAGCCAAACAGUUAACAGAGAUCAAAACCAACAAUGAGAAUACAAAACAGCUGGAGAAGAAUUUAGGUGAAGAACGCUCUCGCUACCAAAGUCUGCUGAGUGAACACCUGCAUCUGGAGGAGCAGCAUAGAGACUUGAAAGAACAGAUGAAUCUCAGCAUUAGUUCAAGCAAAUCUGGUCACAAGAGGACAGAUUCCAACUACAGCAGUAACUCGUCUGAGUUUAGUCAGAGCUUAGGCUCUACUGAGGGAGAAGACAGCUCUAUACAAACAGAGGAUGAGAGCCAGCCUGCGGUGGACCUGUCUGUCCUUCUGAAGCUCCAGAGAAGAGUAAAGGAACUGGAGCAGGACAAACAGUCACUUUGGCAGCAGCUGGAUAAGAAAGAAGAAGCCCAACAGGAAAAGGCAAAGGAGGUGGAGGAGCAGAGAACUGUUGGCAGAGCAGAACUAGAUUUGGAAACAUUAAAGCGGCAAGAAUUGGAGUCUGAGAACAAGAAGUUGAAGCAGGAUCUAAAUGAGCUGCGAAAGUCUCUGACCAAUGAGAAUACUGAAUUGAUGCCUCCCGCCCCUGGCUCUCUGCCCUACAACAUACUACUAGAACAACUCAGCUCCUCCAAUGAGGAGCUGGAUAUGCGAAAAGAGGAGGUGCUGCUCCUUCGAUCGCAUAUGGUACGCCAAGAAGCUCUCAAACACAAGGACUCUGCCCUUGGAGGAAGUGUGAAAUUAGAUCUCAGUGAAAUUCCUUCAUUUCAAGAUGUUGACAGAUCCCCUAAUAUCCAUACUCUGAAUGAAGAUGGAGAGCUGUGGCUGGCUUAUGAAGGCUUGAAAGAGACCAACAGGCUCCUGGAGUUCCAGAUGCAGGAGCAGGAACGUAUCCACAAUGAGAAGUGUAGGAAGCUGCUUGAGGAGGUGAACAAGUUGAAGGAUGAAAAGGAGCAGCAGCAGAAGUUGUUGGCUCAGAGUCUCCAUCUGCCUGAAGAUGCCCGAAUUGAGGCGAGCCUGAAGCAUGAGAUUGCACGGCUCACCAAUGAGAACCUGGAACACAUGGAGCAGCGAGAAAAACAAGACAAAACCAUACGCAAGUUGAAAAAGCAACUGAAAUUUUACAUGAAAAAAGUUGAUGAUUUUGAAGCGAGCACUCAACAAAAAAAUUAUGGCUCCACAAUGAACGCACCUGCCAGAGCAGUUCAAAUCACCCGCAAGGAGAAAGAGUAUCAGGGCAUUUUGGAAUACAAGAAGGGUGACGAGAGCCGCUUGCUUAAGAAUCUGGUCGUAGAUCUGAAGCCUCGUGGUGUAGCAGUCAGCUUCAUUCCUGGGCUUCCAGCCUACAUCCUCUUCAUGUGCUUACGCUAUGCAGACAAUGUGAAUGAUGAUCAGAGAGCCAGCACUCUGCUCAAUUCCACCAUCAGCAGCAUCAAAGGGGUCAUUAAGAAAAAAGGAAAGGAUUUUGAAGUAGUGUCUUUCUGGUUGGCCAACACAUGCCGGUUACGGCACUGUAUGAACCAGUACAGUGGAGAUGAGGUGUUCACAAAGCACAACACUGCUAAGCAGAACGAGCACUGCUUGACCAACUUUGGACUGACAGAGUAUGAGCAGGUUUUUGGUGACCUGGCCAUCCAAAUCUACCGUCAGCUCAUCAAAUGCAUGGAGGACAUUUUGCAGCCCCUUAUAGUGGCAAGCAUGCUGGAGCAUGAAACAAUCCAGGGAGUUCUGGGGUCCAAACCGACAGGCCUGAGGAAGAGAAGCUCCAGUUUCCCAGAGGAGGGGGCUGUUACAGUGGAAGUCCUCCUGCAGCGUCUUGGGCUCUUCCACACCACCAUGAGUCAGCAUGGGAUGGACUCAGACAUCAUUAAGCAAGUGGUAAAGCAGCAGUUUUACAUUAUCUGUGCGGUCACCCUCAACCACCUGCUGCUACGGAAGGACAUGUGUUCCUGGAGUAAAGGCCUUCAGAUCAGGUACAAUGUUUGGCAGUUGGAGGAGUGGCUGUCGGAGAGGGAGCUGGCAGACUGUGGUGCCAAGGAGAUUCUGGAGCCGCUUGUACAGGCUGCACAGCUUCUACAGAUCAAGAAGAAGACGGAGGCAGAUGCCCAAGCUAUCUGCAACAUGUGCACUGCACUCAACACAGCACAGAUUAUAAAAGUCUUGACCUUGUACACCCCAGUGAUCGAAUUUGAAGAGCGAGUGUCAACCAGUUUCAUUGCAACCAUUGAAAACCUUUUGAAAGGAAGAGUUGAGUCAUCCACUUUGAUGAUAGACACCAAGAAGAUCUUCUCCGUCACCCUCCCCUUCACACCCUCCUCUGUGUCCCUGGAGACCAUCCAGAUCCCUGCUAGCCUUAAUCUGAGCUUCCUCACCCGCACCUAGACCAGUGACCUCUGACAUUUACCCUUGUUCCCUGAGUUCUGUUUACCAGAGUAAAAACAACUAAGAUUGUUUUUCACCAAACUUUCUACCUUUUGUAAUGUUUUCAGUGUCACUGAUUAUUGCAGUACUGCAGUAGAAUAAGAAUAUAUUGUUGACUUUUCAGCACUGUAUAGCCAAAGAGCAAUUACUGUAUGAACAGUGAAUAUGCAAAAAGUGUCUUUUAAAUGUCAUCUAUUGCCACACCGGAUGUUUUGCUGAUACCAUGUUGUGGAUUCAUGGUUUCAUUCACAGGUAUGAUUUUGUCUUCUGUUUUACCUAAAACCAAGUAAGGAAAUAUGACCACAAAAUUUCACAACACAAAACUUUGAAUUGUUGUGAAGUAUGAACUUAAGCACUUCAGGGGACAAACCUUUAAAGAAAUGGAUCAUGAGAAAUUGUAAAACAUAACUGUGCAACUAAACACAGAUUUGAAUGUUGAAAAUGUCUUGAGAUUAAAUGCAGGAGAACUGUUUUAUAUUUGUGACUUAUUUCUAUAACUCCUAAUAUCAAAUGAUGGUAUUUAUGUAAGGACAAGGUGACAGAACUGAAAGUUAUUCAAGUAUGCAUUUAACCAGUCUUAAUGCCGCUGGUCACAUUAAAG